GCAGGGCGGCGGAGCGGCAGUGAGCAACGCGACGCGGCGCGGAACGAGCGGCAGCGGCAACAUCCCCGGAGUUUCACCCGAGCAGGAGGACCAGAGGCCGGGUCCGCCCAGCAGGAAACCCCGGAGCCCCGCAGCGCGGACCGGAGCGGCGCGGCGCGCAGCGGCCUGGGCCUUCCGGGGCAGCCAGGAGGACCGAGGCGUCGCCGGCCGGGACAGGAGCUUUCAGAGUCGCCGGCAUUCAGCAACAGGAGCAGCAGAGGAUCAGUCGCUCCGGACUUUCUGGACCAGAAGAAUCCAAACCAGAGGAGUUACAACAACCAGGCUGUGGAUUUGGACGUUUUAUUCUUUUCUGUGUUUUUGUAGGAGUUGAUCAGUGAAACAGUUUCACUCCGUCAGGAGGAAAACUCCUUUCUUCUCUCUUUUGUCUUUGUGAAACUUCAUCCGGACAAACUGGGACCUCAGGGGGAUUUUUUUCUUUUUCCUGCUUACUUGCGUCACUCCUUUCGAUUUGUGUUUAUCUGCCUCUGCCCUUUCCUGAUGAUGUUUGUUUCUUCAUGAAAGCAAGAGGUUUGUGAAGAGUCUGAGCCAAGACCUUGAAAAACUGUUUGUUUGCUUUUACGAGGAAACAAACCGCAGCUCGUUUCCCCUCGUUGGAAUUUCAAGGAGGAACAAAAAGGAAAAUGGGCUCAGAAAAGGGCUCCGAGUCGCCUCACUCAUCGGUCAGCGGCGUUCCCAACCCAAAGUGCCGAGCAGCCGGGAAACGCCAGGGCCGCAUCUCCUUCCACAGCCUCUUCCACAGCAAGCGGGGCCCCCGGAGCGGACGGGCCCCCAAAGGAGGCGCGGCCGCUCCGUUAGCUCCUCAUCACCACGCACAGCAGCAGCAGCAGCUGCCUGCCGCCUUGAGUUCAACGCCCACCGCAGCCUCCGCCACCACCGCCGCAAACAGCAAGGACGCGGCCUGCAGCAGCCCCUCCAAGCCCCUGUCCUCCAGCCAGCCGUCCCUGGCCGGCGCCGGAGAACCCAACCUCCUGGAGUGCCCGCUGUGCCUGGUGCGUCAGCCCGCAGAGCAGCUGCCCGAGCUGCUGGGCUGCAGCCACCGCUCCUGCCUCUGCUGCCUGCGCCAGUAUCUGCGCAUCGAGAUCACGGAGAGCCGGGUGCAGCUCAGCUGCCCCGAGUGCGCCGAGAGGCUGGCCCCGCGGCAGGUGGCCGACAUCCUGGACGACGCCGCGCUGCUGGACAAGUACGAGGAGUUCCUGCUGCGCCGCUGCCUCGCCUCCGACCCGGACUGCAGAUGGUGCCCUGCGCCCGACUGUGGGUUUGCAGUCAUCGCCUCAGGCUGCGCCAGCUGUCCCAGGCUGGUGUGUCGGAGAGAGGGAUGCGGCGCGGAGUUCUGCUACCACUGCAAACAGGCGUGGCACCCGAACCAGACCUGCGACUCGGCCCGGCAGCAGCGGGCCCAAUCCCUGCACACCCACAGCGGACACUCGCCCAGCUACACCCAGGACCAGGGGCCUGCUGAUGACAUCAAGCCCUGCCCUCGCUGCGGCGCUUACAUCAUCAAGAUGAACGACGGCAGCUGCAACCACAUGACCUGCGCUGUGUGCGGCUGCGAGUUCUGCUGGCUCUGCAUGAAGGAGAUCUCGGACCUGCACUACCUCAGUCCGUCCGGCUGCACCUUCUGGGGGAAGAAACCCUGGAGCAGGAAGAAGAAGAUCCUGUGGCAGCUGGGAACGCUGAUCGGAGCGCCGGUCGGGAUCACGCUGAUCGCCGGCAUCGCCGUUCCCGCCAUGGUCAUCGGAAUCCCGGUUUAUGUCGGCCGAAAGAUCCACGCUCACUACGAGUUGAAGAAGGCGUCUCGCCACAGGAGGAACCUGGCCAUCACGGGGGGCGUGGCCCUGUCGGUCAUCACCGCCCCUGUCAUCGCGGCCGUCAGCGUCGGCAUCGGCGUUCCCAUCAUGUUGGCCUACGUAUACGGCGUCGUUCCCAUCUCGCUCUGCAGAGGAGGCGGCUGCGGCGUCAGCAGAGGGAAGGGCCGCGGCGUGCGAAUCGACUUUGAUGAGGACGACGGACCAAUCACAGUGGCGGACGCGUGGCGAGCCCUGAAGUCUCCGAGUCUCGGAGAGAGCAGCCUGGACGGAGCGGUCAGCGGUCUGAGCACCACAUCCCCCAGUGAGGGCCUCUCUGUGGCCCCUGGGAAUCUGGGAGACACUCCGCACUUCAACAUGCUCGCCGGCGGCGCUUUGGGGACCCGAACCAGCAAGUACAGCAGGUUGGAGGUUCAACCAGGGGAACUGGCUAAGGAAUCAGCCCAGAGAGAGACGGGAAGUCUGGGAGCAGGAAGCGACUGCGCCAGCACCCGAGGGAUGGCCGGAUCCAUCAUUUCCUCUUACACCUUACCCGACAGGGACUGCACCAACCUGGAGAUCCAGGUGGACAUCGAGACCAAACCCAGCCAUCUCUGCCUCACCAGUGAGGAGGACCUAGCGCCCCAGCCAAGCUCUGCUGCCAUGGCCACCGCCUCAGGAGGGGAGGAGCCUCAGGACUGCAGCUCCAGAAGGGGCGGGGCUUUGGGACUGUCGCCAGGGGCGUCCAUCAGGGAGGGGCUCCGAGACGUGACCCUGGCCCAGCCGGAGAGCAUCCGCAGCGACCUGGAGAUGUCGGACACUCAGUCGGACGACAUCGGGGAGCUGACGUCCGACGACUGCGACUCGCCUCACCCUAAAAGCUGCCAGCAGCUGCAGCCUCCCUCCUGCAGGCCCCUGAACCCCCCCACCGACGGCCUUCACUGUCCCGCAGACAGCAACGUCAUCCUGUACGUCUGAGAGGCACAGCUCUCAGGAUUGCACAAAAACUGACAAAACCCUGAACAUUUACCUUCACUCUUUGUUUCCUUUCCUCCUGUCGUCUCUCGUCAGCUGCUUUAAGGUCUGAAACACAGACACAGGUGUUUGUUUCCUCCUGUCUGUCUUAUCGAUCUACCGGCCAGCCUCCUCUCUGAGUAAAUGUCAGGGUCCUACCUCUGAGAUUUGUUGUUUACUCCUUGGUGCAAAAUGCCUUGGCUUCUUAAGCAAAAAAGAAAAUGAAACAAAAAAGUACAAAUUUAUAAGAAAAAAAUGCAAAAAUGAAAUGUUAGAAUGGUGAAAGUUACCAAGCACAGCAGAAAGAAUCCGAUUGGUGGAGAAACUGAUGCGUGUUUGAAUGGAGACUUAAAGCUGUUUGCUUUUUUCUGCUUCUGCCACCAACAAAUGUUUUUGUUUUUGCAUCGUGCAUGAGUCUGCAUGAUUCAUUUCUCACUGGGAGGUUUUAAAAAGGUUUAAAAAGGUUUCCCUUCUAGAGUUUAGAGGAUGAAGGAAAGGAGGGGAGAAGUAGGGGAAGAAGGAGGAGGGAAGGAAUGGAGGAAGGGAAGAAGAACAGGUUCGCACGCGCUGCAGAAACAAAGAAAUGAGAGAUCUGACGAUGACGGACCAAAACAACCCAGAGGAAAGAAACAAGAUGAUUUUUGUAGAAACUACAAAAAAAGCCAAAAAUAUUUUUGCUAAUUUUAUUGUUGCUUAAUUGUUUGAAAUUUUUUCUAGCAAAACUAUGUAAUAGUUUUAUUUAAUUAAAAAGUAUACUUGUAUAAAUAUAGAAAAUAUUCUAGAAUGACAUAAAUUUUUACGUUUAGUGUCUGACAAUCACAGAUUCUCUAUUCAGCCUGGACAAAGGAAACUAUUGAUUGCUCUCCUGGAUAAAGAUAUCGAUAUCAGUUAUCGGUGUCGUAUAUGAUGCUGUUUGUGUCGUUAAACUUACUGAAGACUCGUUAAACAUGUUACUGCUCAACAAAUAUUGGUCAUUAAUGAAACAGAAAUAUCAGUAUUGAUUAUUGAUUAUUGCUAUCAUAUAUCAUGCCGUUUUGUAUCCUUAAAUUUAAACUUAAUGAAGACUUGCAAAACCAAAACACCCUUUCAAAUAUUUGAACACAAGCAACAAUAAAUUUAUUUUAAUAUAUUAUUAGUGAGCAUAUUAUUGAUUAUUGCUGAAUCAGGUAUUACAAUAUGAAUAUUGGUUAUCAGUAAUCGUAUAUUGUGCCAAUUUGGGAGGUGCCCUUUGAUUGAAACUUCCUGAAGACUCUAAACCAAAAACAAUCCCCUUUUAGAAAGAAAUAUUUACCUAAAACAAACAAUAAACUUAUUUCAACAUGUUAUUGAUGAGCCUUACAAUCGGUAAUUCCUGAAACAGGUAUUGUAAUAUUGGUAUUGUUAUCACUAUCGUAUAUUGUAUCAUUUCAUGUCUUUUGACUUAUCCUCAAUGUAGACUCGCUAAACCAAAAAAAUUAUUUUGGGACAGACAUAUUUAUUUAAACUACAAAUUUAUUGAAACAUUUUAUUAUUGAGCAAAUUAUUGAUUAUUGCUGAAUCAAGUAUUGUUAUAUCAGUGUUGGUUAUUUUCCAAUUAUCUGAGAUGUUUAAUUUAAACUUUCUGAAGCCAAAAAAACCCUUUAGGGAAGAAAUAUUAACCUUCAACAAACGAUAAACAUAUUUGAACAUGUUAUUGAGCAGCUGAUUAAAAUCAUUUGUCAUAAAUUCUCAUUUUUUAGGUCAGGUCGUUCACAUAAUGCAAUAAAAAUUAUUUUUAGCUACAACCUGAACUGUUGGGCUGCUUUCCACACAUUUCGUCCGUCAGAACUCUCCCACACGUUGUUUCUGGUCCGUGUCGUGGUACCAGUCUGGUCGCUCACUAAUCAGCACAGCCCAACUGGUUUUGGUGGUUCUUGCCUUGUAAAAUCGCACCUGUCUGACCCAGUUUUAUGUGCAUGAAUGACGGAACAUGUGAUGAAUGUAUUUGUGUGAUCCACUUUGUCAUUUUGUUUUUGACUGAGCACUUGUGCACUUUAUCUGAAUGUCUUAUUUAUCUUUUUUAUUUGCUUGACAUCAUCUGUUGCUGUAAACAUGUUUACUUGAGUGAAAAACAAAAGUCUGUGGUACAACUAAAAAAAGGAGCCUUUCUGUUGGACGGAAUGAGAUAAACGUUUGCCUCCAAAACUUUUAUCACUCAGUAUUUUUGACCAUAAAUUGUGUUUUUUGUGUCUUUUUUUAUUUUUAUCAACGCUGUGAUGCAAGAACUAAACAUAAUUUAUUAUUUUUCAUUCCUUUCUAUAACUUUGUGUUGCUCUGGUCAGCCAGUAUCACUUGUGAACACGUCGUUUUGGAGCCAAACCGUGAGCUUCUCUCAGUCACAGCUUGACCCGUUUCUUAGCUUUGGAUCACCUCCGUGCUUCUGUUCGAAGAGGUUCCCGGGAACCUUUUUCUUCAUCUCAGAGUAGCUUUAUGGAUUCUGCUGCUUACGUGACUUGGCGGUGCUGUUUCUGUCUACACAUGUCACUGGUUUUUUGCCUAUCUUUCAGAAUAAACGAAUGUACCACAGACAGAAAACUGGGACUUUCUGAAAUAGUCCGAAUGAGUGUUACGUCCCUUUAGGAACACAGGUGGUUCUGUCUUUAUUUGAAAUGGUUUAUAGAUAGCAAUAUUUAAGUGUUAUAUUAAAGGAACUGUGUUUUUGUUUGUUUUUGUUGCGGUUUAAGCCUUGAUCUGAUAAGAGGGUGCACAUGCAGGACUGUGAGACUGUGGAGCUUUUUGGGGAAAAAUUAAUAAAUAAACACAAUUUUAUGUUGCACCAAA